AUGACGUUGAUAAAUCGAGUCAACAUGGCGAGUUACAUGGAUAAAAUCACUCCUCCUGGUAUUACCACUACUGCCGCCAACCAGGCGCAGAAAGCGAUGGGAGACCGUCCUACCUCUACCACUAACACUCCCAAUACUCGUCCCAACGAAACACACCUUACUCUCCAAUGGUUCGGAAACAAAAAUGUCAAAGUGGUCGAAGCACCAGUCCCAGCCAUCACAGAGCCAAAAGAUGUCAUAUGCAAGGUGACGGGGACGACCGUCUGUGGGAGCGAUCUGCACCUCUACCAUAAGGAAAUCAUGCAGCUUCAAGCAGGAGAUAUUUUGGGUCACGAGUGGAUGGGUAUAGUUGAUGAAGUUGGAUCUGAAGUCAAGAAUGUCAAGAAAGGAGAUCGUGUCGUUGCUUCGUUCCAGAUCGCUUGCGGAACCUGCAAGUUCUGCAAAGAAGGCCUAACUUCCAUGUGCGACACCACAAACUCUUCUUCUGUCCAAGAAAAGCUAUACGGCAAACCAUUUGCCGGCCUGUUUGGAUACUCGCAUUUCGCGGGCGGCUUUGCAGGUGGCCAGGCUGAAUAUGUCCGCUGUCCGUUCGGCGAUACGAAUUUGCUCAAGAUCCCAGAUAGCGUCCCAGACGAGAAGGCGCUUUUCCUCUCUGAUAUCAUCCCUACGUCCUACCACGCAACGGUCUGCGCUGAAGUUGAGAAGGGGAAGAGUGUUGCCAUCUGGGGCGCUGGUCCAAUCGGACUGCUUGCUGCGAAAUGGUCAAAGCUUGCAGGAGCUCGUCGUGUUAUUGUUAUUGAUAGAGUCAAGGAGCGUUUGGCGUUGGCGAGAGAUACUAUUGGCUGCGAUGUUAUCAAUUUUGACGAGGAGACGGAUGUGGUGAAGGCUAUUUAUAAGCUUGAGCCUGAUGGAGUUGAUUGUGGUAUUGAUGCUGCGGCAUUCAGAUAUACCAAGGGUCUCUUGCAUGGUGUUCAGAGAGCUAUUGGUAUGGAGACUGACAGUGCUGAGAUUGUCAACGAGGCUUUGCGGGCUGUUCGGAAGUUUGGUAACAUUGCGCUGGUUGCGGAUUAUGCGGCUAUGACGAAUCAGUUCUUGAUUGGUGCUUUGAUGGAGAAGGGCAUCACCUUGAGAGGAACUGGUCAAGCCCCAGUGCAGAAGUACUGGAAGGAUCUGCUGAAGAAGGUUGAGAGUGGAGAGUUUGAUCCGACUAUCAUUCUUUCUCAUCGAUUCAAGAUUGAUGAGUUUAAAGAGUUGUAUGAGGCGUUUGACAAGAAGGAACAGGGGAUCAUGAAGACGUUCGUUCAGACGCGAUUCUCUGGUCCUCCUGCUCCUGGUACUCCAGCGCUGAGCAGUUUGAGGGAUGGCGAUGUUAAGCCAUCUGCUGUGGUUUGA